AAAAGAAGAACAGAGUGUAAGAAAGAAAUUGCAGGUUUCGGUUUUCCAUAUAACAAAAAUUCAACAUUAUCUCUCUUUUUCUUUUGUGGCGUUUACGUCAAGAAUGUUAAAAUCCUGCAAUUUUCUAUAAACCAUGCUUUAGGUUUUCUUCCAUUUCACACAUUUCAGAUUCCUAACUUUGAAGCUUUCUCUCUUUAUUCUCUCACCAGAUAAGUUUUUCAUUCUUUCACAUUUCUGUUGAAUUUGUUGUUUAUCCUUUUCACGAAUUCAGUUUUCUGAUAAUUCCUGAGAGGAAUUUCGUUCUUGUUCAAAUCUGAGUUUGGUUGUUGUUGUUGUUGUUGUUGUUGUUGUUCCCUCUCUCAGUUGGGAUUUGUGUUCAUCAGAAACAAAUCCUGAUUUGCAGAGACGGGUAUGUUUAACCUAGUUGUUGUUUCUUCAGCUUUGAGCCUUUGAGCUUGUUUCAUUGUAGCUUCUGCUACUGUUGUUCUUGUAUGCAGCUUUGAGCUAUUUACUACUAAAAUUUAUUGUUUAUUGAACUCCAUGUGUUUGGUUUUUGAUUUUAGGUUAUUUUGUGAGUGCAAUUGAUAAUAAAAGGGGGAAAAUAGUGUCUGUAAUACCAACACCUCUGAAAAAAGUGUUUCUGUGUCAGUGUCGGUGUCUGAAAGCGACACUAAUAUUUGUGAUUACGUUUAUUUAUUUUAAAUUAUUAUUGGUGUCAGUGUGUUAGUGUCGGUAUUGUGUUUCUGUUGUCUGUACUUCAUAGAUUGUGAGUGUUGUGGUUUAGGAGGGCUUGCGUCUAGGAUUAGUUUGUUUACUAUUUGAUUGUUGGGUUUAAAAUGGGGAAGAAAAAGAAGCAAAUAGGAGAAACAAGUGAAGAGAAUGGGAAUCAUAGAGUAAUCGAGGAUAAAAGUCCGAAUGUGUAUGAUAAUGAUACUAUAGUGUUUAUAUCGAUGGCUCAAGAGUUGAAGGAAGAAGGGAACAAGAUGUUUCAGAAGAGAGAUCUUCCGGGAGCUAUGGUGAAGUAUGAGAAAGCGCUUAAAUUGCUUCCGAGUAAUCAUAUAGAUGUGUCGUAUUUGCGUAGCAAUAUGGCUGCAUGUUAUAUGCAGAUGGGACUUGGUGAGUAUCCUAGGGCAAUUAAUGAAUGUAAUUUGGCUCUUGAGGUUACUCCGAAAUAUAGUAAGGCUUUGUUGAAGAGAGCGAGGUGUUAUGAGGCUUUGAAUAGACUUGAUUUGGCGUUGAGAGAUGUUAGCGCUGUUUUGAUGAUGGAGCCGAAUAAUAUCAUGGCGGUGGAGAUCUCGGAUAAGGUGAAAAGUGCGCUUGAAGAUAGAGGGUUGAGAGUAAAUGAUGCGCAGAUUGAGUUGCCUCCAGAUUAUGUUGAACCUUCUUUUGAAGUCUCUUCUAAAAAGGUAGUGAAAGAAAAGAAACACAAGAAGAAGAGCAAAAAAGAGAAGGUGACGGCUUCAAGUGAAAUUGUAGAAAAUCAAGCUGAGGAGAAACUUGACGAUAGAGGAUUAGGAGUAAAUGAUGCGCAGAUUGAGUUGCCUCCGGAUUCUGUUGAACCUUCUUUUGGUGUCUCUUCUAGUAAGGAAGGGAAAGAAAAGAAACACAAGAAGAAGAGCAAAAAAGAGAAGGUGACGGCUUCCAAUGAAGUUGUAGAAAAUCAAGCUGAAGAGAAACUUGAAGAGACGGAAGACGAGGUCAACCUUGCAGCUCAUAAGGCUGACGACAAUCAUCUCGAAGAGAAAAAAAAGGGUGAUAAAUCAAAAAAGAAGGGGGCCAAGAAAAAGAUUGAUAUGCAGAAAGAUGAUGCUAAGGAGGUCAAUGAAGAAAAUAGUAAUGGUAUAAAUGAACCUAAAAAAGCAGUGAAACUUGUCUUUGGUGAUGAUAUAAGAUGGGCUCAAUUACCAGUUAAUUGCAGCCUCUUGCAGCUUAGAGAAGUUAUCUGUGACCGUUUCCCAGGCCUAGGAGCAGUUCUUGUCAAAUAUAGGGAUCUAGAAGGUGAUUUGAUCACAAUCACAAAUGAUGAAGAAUUGAAGUUGGCUGAAACAGGAUCAGAGGGUUCCAUCCGACUGUAUAUAGUAGAAGCUAAUCCUAAUCGCGAUCCAUUCUACGACAAACUUCACGUGAAGGAUGUUGAAAUUGAUAAUGCUCCCAAGAAUGACUGUGUGGUAAAAUCAAACGACAUUAUUAGCCCAUCUUGUGUUGAAGAUUGGGUCAUUCAAUUUGCACAACUGUUUAAGAAUCAUGUUGGAUUUGAAUCUGACAGAUACUUAGAUUUUCAUGAACUUGGGAUGAAGCUCUAUUCAGAGGCUGUAGAGGAUACGGUUACAAGUGAGGAAGCGCAAGGCCUAUUUGACAUGGCAGGAGGUAAAUUCCAAGAGAUGACGGCUCUAGCAUUGUUCAAUUGGGGAAAUGUGCAUAUGUCCAGGGCAAGGAAGAAAGUGUAUUUUACUGAAGAUUCUUCUAAAGAGCAUAUGUAUGAACAAAUCAAAACUUCAUAUGAAUGGGCCCAAAAAGAAUAUGCCAAAGCUGGAGAAAAAUUUGAAGCAGCCAUUAAAAUACAGUCAGAUUUUUAUGAAGGCUUCCUUGCUCUAGGUCAGCAACGGUUCGAGCAAGCAAAACUUUCUUGGUAUUAUGCACUCAGUAGUAAUGUAGAUUUAGCAACAUGGCCCUCCACAGAGAUUCUUCACCUUUACAACAGUGCUGAGGAGAAUAUGGAGAAAGGAAUGCUGAUGUGGGAAGAAUCACAAGAGCAGGAAGUGAGUGAAACCUCCAAUAUUGAAUUGAACAGGAUAUUUAAAAAUAUGUCAUCAGAUGAAACUGCUGCACUGGCGGCAAACAUGAGGUCUCAGAUAAAUCUCUUGUGGGGUACCAUGCUAUACGAACGGUCGAUUGUAGAAUUCAAGUUAGGGCUACCUAUAUGGCAUGAAUCUUUAGAAGUUGCAAUCGAGAAGUUUGAGCAUGCAGGAGCUUCUCCAACAGAUACAGCUGUAAUGUUGAAAAACCAUUGUUCAAAUAACAAUGCCGUAGAUGGUCUAGGUUUCAAAAUUGAUGAAAUAGUACAGGCAUGGAAUGAGAUGUAUGAAGCUAAAAAGUUGCAGAAAGGAGUUCCAUCCUUUCGUUUGGAAGCCAUGUUCAGAAGACGAGCGUCAAAAAUUUACCACGCCUUUGAGCUUGUAUGAGUUGCAUGCUUUUCUUCAAGUUUUUGAAGAAUCGCAGAGCCAACACUCACAUGUUUUGCUUCUGUGCUUGAAUUGCUAUUUUCACCAUGAGGUUUGUUUUGCUAUUUUCAGGAGUUUGGUUUCUAGUUCAAUUAACAUUGUAGUAAUAGAAAAGAAGGGAAAACAACUAUUCUUUGCAUCAUGCUUACAUAGAUGUUCGAUGAACGUAGGAGAUUGCAAGUUCCUUAACAGGUUGGGAAGAUGGAGAUGCAGGAAUUGCUUUUAACUCAAUUUCUGGCUUUGCUCACAUUGCCUCCCCUUUAUGGUUAGGUUUAGGAUGUUUUGAAUUUAUACAGAAAACAGUGGGAGAUAUGUAAUAGUUGGUUUGUGUUUUCUUUGUUAUGUAAUUUAUUCAUUUGUAAACUACUUGUUGAGUUAGUAUUUCUUCAUGAGAUCUCCUUGUACUAGGUUUUUCUAAAGGAUGAUCAUAGAAGCAUUCAAGAUCGAUUGAGCGA